AUGCUUCUUGCAGUGUUUCUCGUGGGUAUUUGCUUUGAAAAUGACAAGAAAACAAUAAAACGGAAAGUUCAGGGGGAGGAAAUGAAAAUCGCCCAGUCUGAUGAGAGACUGACCGUGAUUGGAAAAGGCAAAGAGAUCUUAAACCGGUCAAGAGGAGCCAAGCCAAGAAACGACAUGGGCUGCACCAGCAUUGGAGGUAUCUGUCAGAGUAAUAUCUACAUCUGUCAGGGCAGAUACCUGAAGGAUAAAUGCCGGGGAGAGAUAUCACGCCAGUGUUGUACGCCAGUUGCAGCGUGGAGUGCUCUGUGUGCUGGAAGUCAUCAUAACAGAGUGCGAGCUUGUGACAGCUAUGGCUGUGGUGCCUUUAAUUCCAGGAGUGAUGGGAGGAUCCACAAGGGAAUCGAUAUUGUGUGUGGUGAUUAUGGCAUCGUCAAUGCUCCUUUCUCGGGAAACCUGGGUGGUCCUGUUGGGAGAGCAGUGGGAGACUCCAUUCAGUAUGAUGGUGUCAAACUCUAUAACAAAGUGCAUUGUGUGAAGAUCUUCAACAUCCGUCCGUAUGUUUUCUUUGGCUCUGUAGUUCAGGGAGAGGCCAUGGGUUACCUGUUACCCCUACAGGAGCGUUUCUCUGGCAUCACCUCACACCUGGAGCUUCAGAUGUGUGAUGGCUCUGAUCCCUCGCCCUUCAUAUAAGACAUGUUUAUGCAUUUAAUCAGGCUUUAAAUCAUUCAUUCAGUUAAACCAAUUCUUAAUGCUUUCAUUAGGAGUUAUAGUGCAUGGCAUUACACCUUCAUUUAAAUAACAUGACAAAUUGACUGUUUUUACAAGCAAUAAAAUAAUAUAUACUGUAUGUAAUCCUU